AAAAUCGGAGUUAGGGGGAGCACCAAGUAGCUGUGCUGAUGAGCCCUGGCCACUUUCAAGUCCCUCCCACAGAGCUCUGGGACUUGUAAAUUGACGUGUGAAAGAAGCGUAUUCAUUCUCGCAGUGUACGUGUGCCACCGACCCCUUUGAUUUGGGUUCAACUGCUCCGGCUGGAGGCGUGAGCGAUUGCAGGCGUGGCCGCCAUUUAAAUUCAGUCUUUGUUGUCUGCCCGCCCCACACAAUAUCCGACGCGUUGCAGAGCAAACUCGACUUGAUUGACACCUGACAGGGGCCCCAAGAAGUUAAUGGAAGCCCAAUUGAGCCUCCCCCUCUUUGGGUCACAGAGAGAGCUGGUUUCGCCGGGCCGGCUAUUCUAAGCAACGUGGCUGUAAGGCCGUGAUUAAGUGGAUUCCGAAUGCAAAAGACAUCGCUGGCUGCAUGACUCGAAUGGAAUCAAGGGAAACUAUAAGUGCAGACUGCAUUUCGAAUUUCAACACUCAAGCCGCUGUUAUGCGACGCUUAUGACCGUAACAAUGGGCUACGCUCGAGAUGAAUGGCUUGGCUUCCGCCUCUUACUCAUCGCCGCACACUUCAGAUGGCGUUAGUGACGUAAUCCUCAGAGCGUCCGCCACUAGAUUGAGAAUGGCACAGCCACGCUGCUCGGGAUGGCAAUCCUUUAUUGUUCUUUUGGUCUGCUUGCCAAGCUGUAUAUCCUUAUCGCGGAUAGACGAAGGCCAGAGCCCGAGCGUAACCGGAAAGCCAGCCCUAGUUCGGACGGAGCUCCGCUUUGGACGGAACCUUGACCCCUCUAAGGUGCGAGUGAUAAACUUCAAGUCCAGCACGGGCGAUGAUGUAGAGAUCCUGGUCGGGAAAAACAGCCGCAAGGCCCGUGCUGAGGAUGCGGCUGGGUCCUUUUUCGUGCGAAGCGCGGAUGUCAAGCGGCGCCUCGUACCGCCCACAGGCAAGGUCAACGCUAGUGGUCGCCAGAUCACCUUUCAGCACAGCCCGGCGUUACUAAAGCAGAGUGAACUGGCUCAGCAGAUGGGCGCCUAUCACCAGCGCAAGGCUGAGGCGGAGCAGCGCCAAGCUAAACUUAUCCAGCUGCAGCUGGCCAAGGCGCAGAACAAGGUGAUAGAGCACCAUGCAGUGCAGGGCGACUCCCGCCGUGGUCGCCAGAUCGCUGUUGACGUGUCCUGGGAGAACUACCGCCCUCAGCUUCCGCCGACCCAGCCACCAAAAAUUUUCCGCAAGAACAUUUCGUUGGCAGCAGAUCGCCAUUGGCCACCAUUCGACCUGGACGAUUCGGUGGAGAUCCUGCCACGACUGCAGCGGUUGUCGCAUCGACCUGUACUCUCCUCUUCCAGGGACACGGAGUUCGCCGCUUCCGACGUGCAGGAGUACUUAGCGGGCGACAGAGAUACUCGGGCCUAUGGCAGCAGUGUGUCCAAUCAGGGAUACCGUCCCCACAACCUCAUAACCAAGCACAACUACAACUCGCUACCGCAAAAGUCUAAAUACGUGACCUACUUGCCACACUCCGUAGUAGUGACGGCCAGUGCGGGCGUUGCCACGUCUACGACCGCAAUCCCGCGGCGGCAAACUGGCGGCCACGGGGGUCCACACCACAACCCCAUCGGCCAAGGCAUCCAAAGUGUUGUGGAAGGCCCCGCUGUAACGCUAAUCGAGGGUGUCCGAGUUCCGGAUAGCGCGGAGGACAAGGUGAAGACCUGGCGCAAUGCCCGCGUCCUGAACAAUCAGUUGGUGCCAUAUCCAGAGGGUUACACGCCGCCAAGGGCACAGAUGCCCAGUUUCGACCGAUAGGUGCGGAGUUGAUCAGAACCACUGGUGCUUGGUGCUCAACACUAAUUGCUAUUUAUUUAAUUGUAUAUUGUUAAGCUAUUUAUAAAACGUUGAUUUAAAGUUGUCAAUGAA